GAGUUGACCAUGGAGGCACCCAUUUGUCUGGUGAAAAUGAAAAAGCAGCUGACAGUAAAUCUGGAGGCCAUAAGGAUUCUUCAGCAGAUAGCUCAGCCUCUGGUGGUGGUGGCCAUUGUUGGUUUAUAUCGUACAGGAAAGUCCUACCUCAUGAAUCGUCUCGCAGGACAGAACCAUGGCUUCUCCUUGGGCUCCACGGAACAAUCUGAAACCAAGGGCAUUUGGAUAUGGUGUGUGCCCCAUCCCACCAAGCCAACCCACACCCUGGUCCUUCUGGACACAGAGGGCCUUGGAGAUGUAGAAAAGGGUGAUCCUAAGAACGACUCAUGGAUCUUUGCCUUGGCCGUGGUUCUGAGCAGCACCUUUGUCUACAACAGCAUGAGUACCAUCAACCACCAGGCCCUGGAGCAGCUGCACUAUGUGACUGAAUUAACACAGCUAAUCAGGGCAAACUCGAGCCCAAGAGAAGAUAAAGUGAAGGACUCUAGCCAGUUUGUAGGGUUCUUCCCAGACUUUAUCUGGACUGUUUGAGAUUUUGUUCUGGAGCUGAAGUUAGAUGGUCAGUGCAUCACAGAAGAUGAGUACCUGGAGAACACCCUGAAGCUGACUCCAGGAAACAAUCCCAAAGUCCAAAAGGCCAACAUGACCAGAGAGUGUAUCAGAUAUUUUUUUCCGGUACGAAAGUGCUUUGUCUUUGACAGGCCCACAAGCGAUAAAAGUUUAUUAUUCCAAAUUGAAAAUGUCCCAGAAAACCAACUGGAAUGGAAUUUCCAGGUUGAAUCAAAGAAAUUCUGUUCCUACAUCUUCGCCAAUGGCAAGACCAAGACUCUUAGAGGGGGAGUCAUUGUCACAGGAAGUCGGCUGAGGAUUUUGGUGCAGACCUAUGUGGAAGCCAUCAACAGUUGGGCUGUUCCUUGUCUGUAGAAUGCAGUGAUGACCUUGGCCCAACGUGAGAAUUCCACAGCAGUGCAGAAGGCAGCUGACCACUACAGUGAGCAGAUGGCCCAGCGAAUGAGACUCCCCACAGACACGCUCCAGGAGCUGCUGGAUGUGCAUGCAGCCUGUGAGAAGGAAGCCAUAGCUGUCUUCAUGGAGCACUCCUUCAAGGAUGAUGAGUGGGAGUUCCAGAAGAGGCUGGUGGUCACCAUAGAGGAAAGGAAGGAAGGGUUCAUGCUACAGAAUGAAGCAGCAUCUAUCUGUCACUGCCAGGCUGAACUGGAGAAGCUUUCAGAGUCAUUGAUGGAGAGCAUCUCAUGUGGGCCUUUCUCUGUCCCUGGGGGCCACAGUCUCUAUUUAGAAGCCAGGAAGAAGGUUGAACUGGGCUACAAGCAAGUGCCGAGGAAGGGAGUGAAGGCAAAAGAGGUUCUUAAGAGUUUCUUACAAUCACAGGCUAUUAUGGAGGACUCCAUCUUGCAGUCAGACAAGGCUAUUACAGAUGGAGAGAGGGCCAUAGCAGCUGAGCAGACAAAGAAGGAAGUGGCUGAGAAGGAACGAGAGCUGCUGAGGCAGAGACAGAAGGAGCAAGAGCAAGUAAUGGAGGCUCAGGAGAGAAGUUUCCGAGAAAACAUUGCUAGACUUCAGGAGGAGAUGGAGAGAGAAAGGGAGAUCCUGCUGAGGGAGCAGGAGAACAUGCUGGAGCACAAGCUGAAGGUCCAAGAAGAACUGCUUACUGAAGGAUUCAGAAAGAAAUCUGAUAUGUUAAAGAAUGAAAUCAGUCAACUGAGAGACGAGAUUGAAAGAACAAGAAAGCAAUCAUCAGGGUUUGCUCACAUCCUUGACACAGUUGGCAAUGCAUUCAUUAUGGUUUUACCAGGAGCUGGUAAAUUAUGCGGCACAGGGCUAAAAGUCCUCAGCUCACUUAUAAAGUAGUCUGAAGAGUUUCUGGGAAGGUCAGGCUUCUAUUAUUUUGAUACCAAACUCUAUGCCUUGAUUUUUAAAUGCAUGUGCUAGUUUAAUAACCUGUGUUACAAAGAAGGUCAGAACUUCCAUUAAUAGCUAAAUUAUCAGACACUGCUUCAUUAGAGUUGAAUUCUGUGUCAGUUCAUUACCAGUUAUAUUCAAAGUUAAAGAUACAAAGCAAUGAUUGAAGAAUGUAAGGGUCUGGCAUCCAUAAAUCCCAUCAAUUUUCAUUGACAUAAUCUAUAUAAUAAAAAGGGAAACCAGUCAGAAUAUAGUGAAAUUGUUUCAAGAAAAGAUGUAAGUAAAUAAAAAAAAAAAAAACAUGGUCAAAUAGAGACACACUGGCAACUGUAUUCCAGUUGUACACUACAGAUAAUUUGUUACAAAGAGGUCUUGUAAUAACUGACAAGUGGGUUUUCAUAUGAAAAAGUAUGAGGAAAAAUUGCAUUGAUAAUAAACACUGUGCAGAUUAAAAUUA